AUGGAUCAAGCAAAGCUGGCUAGGAUGCAGGCGAGCGUGCGGAUUGAGAAACCGUUUAAAAAGCGACUCCAUCCACGAUUGACAAUCCAAAAGACUGCGACUAAUUUCAUCGACAGAGGAAAGGGUACCCCCCGCCGCAAGGUCAAGAAGGUCCACAAGUCCUCCGGUGCCGACGACAAGAAGCUCCAGACCACCCUGAAGAAGAUGAACGUCCAGCCCAUCCAGGCCAUCGAGGAGGUCAACAUGUUCAAGGAAGACGGAAACGUCAUCCACUUCGCCGCCCCCAAGGGUGAGUACCUGAACGCCGACUUCCCGCUUCCAUGCCCACCACCCAGCCCGAAAGAGAAAACUGACGAAGUGACCGAAAUAGUCCACGCCUCCGUCCCCUCCAACACCUUCGCCCUCUACGGUAACGGCGAGGAGAAGGAGCUGACCGAGCUCGUCCCCGGUAUCCUCAACCAGCUUGGCCCCGACAGCCUCGCCUCCCUGCGCAAGCUCGCCGAGAGCUACCAGAACAUGCAGAAGCAGGCCGGUGCCGAGGGCAAGAAGGAUGAGGAUGAGGACGAUAUCCCUGACCUGGUUGAGGGCGAGAACUUCGAGAGCAAUGUUGAGUAA